AUGCCACUUUUUGGCAAGAUGAUCCGCGAGCAUUUUGUUGAAAGGGCAGAACUUGAGCAUACUUGCUGGACCUCCAAAACUGUCACUACUACGGAGGCAUCAAAAAAGUCAGAGAACAAAGGCUGUGCAGUCUUGAUUCCGCUGGUUAACAUCCGCGACCAACCAUGUAUGCUAUUCACUCAACGAGCACUGUCACUUAAAAAUUAUAGUGGUGCAGUUUGCUUUCCUGGUGGAAAACUGGAAGCAGAUGAAAACCCUGAGCAGGGUGCACUUCGUGAAAGUUAUGAAGAAAUUGGGCUAGACAUGAACAAGGUUGAUAUAUGGGGCAAACUUGAUCCUGUUUACAAUGGUGAUUUGAAUUGCCGUGUCACUCCAGUUGUUGGGAUGCUUGAAAAUGUCGAUCUGAAAAAACUGAAAGCUCAGUAUUCUGAAGUGCGAACUGUUUUUGUGGUUACUGUCGACGAGUUGUGCUCCAACAAAUCAUAUACGAGACUUAAAAAAGGUUGUUUUUAG